GUGAAUGGAGCUCCUUAAGUGGAACAUGUUCUACCGAGGAGGCGAAUUUCAUGGCACAGUUAUUUGGUACCUGUCCAAAUGAACAACUACCUAGUAGUGGACUUCCAAUAUUUUGGACAAAUCAUGAAUCAAACAUUGGAGGAACUAGUGAAGUUUCAAUUUUUUCUUCUCAAGAUACUAAUAGUAGCAUCUACCAUUUCUCAACUAGUACUAAUAAUUUUCAACCAAUGUUAUUGAGAAAUAACAACACUUCAAUGACAAUGGAACAGAGUAGUCAUUUGCCUCCAACUAACAAUUUAAUCGAAGCGGAUGCAGUUGAAUUUUUGAACAAACAAGUGAGCAAUGACAGCAUUGAAUCAGGUGAAAACAUUAUGUCUGAAUCUGUUCUUCAUGGAAAAAGCUUGCAGCUAGGAAGAGAAUAUGAUCAAAUGCAACAAUCAGAAAGCUCUAAGAAAAGAUCACGAUCGCCUGUUGAUCAUAAGAACAAGAGAAGUGUAAAACCAAAGAAGAGUAGUGUUGCUGAUGAUGAGGAGACUGGAAACAAUAACAAUAACAAUAAUACUGUGCUUCACAGGCAGAGCUCAUUUAGUUGCUGUUCAGAAGAUGAAUCUAAUGUUUCUAGUUAUGAUUUAUAUGGAUUAGCUUCGAGCGAUAACAACUCAAAAGGAGUUUCUUUGCCCAAUGGAAAAUCCAGAGCCAACAGAGGCUCAGCAACAGAUCCUCAGAGUUUGUAUGCAAGGAAAAGAAGAGAGAGAAUUAAUGAGAGAUUGAGGAUCUUGCAGAGUCUCGUCCCUAACGGAACAAAGGUUGAUAUUAGCACCAUGCUUGAAGAGGCUGUCCAGUAUGUCAAAUUUUUGCAACUUCAAAUCAAGCUAUUGAGCUCUGAUGAUCUGUGGAUGUAUUCUCCAAUAGCAUACAAUGGAAUGGACAUUGGGCUUGAUCUGAAGAUUGGAAUUCCAAAUCCAAAAUCGUAAAUUUGGAAGAUUGAUGAAUUCAGCUCAAGGCAUGCAGGUUAAUUGCAGUGGAUUAAUUGAGAGCAUUAUCA